AUGGUCGAAAAUACUGAAAUUUAUGAGACUGUUGGUGAGCUCAUAGAUCUUGGCAAGGGCAUUGAAGACAUUCUUCCCACCAUGGAGUCACAGGAGACUCUUUGCGAGGGUGCCUUCACGUGGCAUAUUUUAGAUUGGAACAAGCUUGAUAUGGAGAAACAUGUAUCUCCACGCUUCAAGAUUGGUGAAUAUGAGUGGGAUGUUUUGUUGUUUCCACAGGGAAACCAUAACAAAGGAUUGUCCAUGUAUUUGGAACCCCAUCCAGAGGAAAUAAAGAAUGAGGAGACUGGUGAACGUGAGGCAGCGAAUCCUGAUUGGUACGUUUGUGCCCAAUUUUCAAUUGGAAUAUCGAAACCUGGCGAGGAUGAGAAGUUUCAGCUUUUCAACGUUUCACACCAUAGAUUUUGUUCUAAUGACACGGAUUGGGGUUUCGCGAAUUUUAUUGACCUGGAAAACCUCAAGCAUCGUACUAACUCGAAGUUGUCCGGAUUUCUUUCUCAAAAUAAACUAAAUAUAUCAGUUUUCGUGCGAAUUCUGAAAGACCCUACGGGGGUCCUUUGGCAUAAUUUCUACAAUUACGAUUCAAAAAAGCUGACUGGCUAUGUGGGCUUCAAAAAUCAAGGUGCAACAUGUUACUUGAAUUCACUCUUGCAAUCCUAUUACUUUACGAAAUAUUUCAGACGGGUGGUUUAUCAGAUCCCAACUGAUAAUGAAUCGCCUAAUAACAGUGUUUCAUUGGCUUUACAGAGAGCUUUCUUUCUUUUGCAAAAAUCCAACGAACCUCUGGACACACUGGAACUGACUCGGUCAUUCGGGUGGGAUACUGGUGAUGCGUUCACACAACAUGAUGUUCAAGAAUUAAACCGAAUCCUUAUGGAUAGGCUUGAGAACAAAAUGAAGGGCACUGAAGUUGAGGGAACGUUAAAUGAUAUAUUCGUUGGUAAGAUGAAAAGUUAUAUAAAGUGCGUCAACGUCGAGUACGAAUCCUCGAGAGUGGAAGAUUUUUGGGAUAUUCAAUUGAACGUUAAAAAUCUUACUGGCCUCGAGCAAUCUUUCCAAAACUAUAUCGAAGUUGAAAUGAUGGAUGGGGAAAAUCAGUAUGCGGCUCAGGGAUAUGGCUUGCAGGAUGCUAAGAAAGGCGUUGUCUUUGAAUCAUUUCCUCCCGUACUUCAUUUGCAGCUCAAAAGAUUUGAAUACGAUUUUAACUACGAUCAAUUGGUGAAAAUUAAUGACCGAUAUGAGUUCCCAGAAUCAAUUGAUUUAUCACCGUAUCUCGAUCCGGAGAUUUACAGAAGUAAUCCUAUGCCUUGUAUUUAUAAGCUGCAUUGUGUUUUGGUACAUUCAGGAGAUAUAUCUACUGGACAUUACUAUGCAAUGAUUAAACCCAAUGUGGAUGAUCAGUGGUACAGAUUCGAUGAUGACAAAGUCUGGAAGGUUACUAAAAGGCAGGUUUUUGACGAAAACUUUGGUCAUGAAAACUUACCGGAUGAAAAGUUGAGGACAUUUACCAGAGAGCAGUAUCAGAAUUAUUUGAUAGCUCGUCAAACUAGUGCAUACAUGUUAGUUUAUAUUCGCGAAGACAUGGAAGAUAAGAUUCUAGAAGAAGUUGAAGACGCCGAUGUCCCGCAGCACAUUGUAAGCAGCAUAGAGAAUGAAAUGAGGCAAAAGGAAUUGAGAAGACGCGAGCUAGAAGAAAUGCAUUUAUUUACCAAGAUUAAUGUCCACUCUAUGACAAACUUCGUACAUUAUCAAGGAUUUGAUCUUUCUCCAAACGAUCGCUCAAAGCUAUUCAAUGCGGAGCUUCAUGAAGAGAACGAAUACCCUAUCUCGAUAAAGAUGUUAAAGAGUAAGACGAUGAGAGACAUUAAAGAAAGAAUUGCUUUGGAAUUUUCCUUGCCCAACCUAGAUUUGGUAAACUUUUGGAUUAUGAGUUAUCGAAAAAAUUACACUCUUAGAGUUGAUUCCAUUUUGAAUUCCGAGCUAGAUGAUUUAUCCUUGGAAGAUGUGAUGAAAAGGCUCGAGAUUUCCCGUUCACCUUCAAUAGAUAUUUUUCUUGAAGAGUCGUAUCUGGAUUUGCAUUUUAUCCAAGCGCUGGUGGAGAAAAACCAUAUUGAGUUUAUGGGACUGACUGAAAAGUUGAUGAAAGGUAUCAGAGAGAAAGUUUCAUGUGGUACUUUACCUAGCUCUUUGGGGUAUCUCAAAAAUUCAAAUGAUGAGUCCCGUCAAAUUUUACUUUUCGUUAAGAUGUUUGACUCGGGCAAGCAGCGAUUAGAAGGCUACUGCCAUGUAGUUGUAACUCAAACUGAAAAAAUAUCGAGCCUUAUUGAUACCCUCAAGGCAGUGAACUCUCAUGAAUUUGAAAUAAAGCUUUUUGAGGAGUUUCAACCAGAUAUGAUAGAAAAAGUCGACGAAUGUAAUCAAUUCAUCACCUCCGAGUUAGUGGAUGGGGAUAUUUUGGCAUUUGGCUCAUUUUCAAGUGCAAAGAACUGUGAUAUGCCAUACUACUCGUCAGUUCCCGACUACUAUGAAUUCUUGAGGAAUCGAAUUAAACUGAAACUUUCAAGAGCGGACAACAGUGAAGAGGAAUAUGCAAUCGCAAAGACUGAAGAUGAAGUGAACGAGUUUCAAGUAUGGAUAUCAUCGAAAUCCUCGUUUCAAGAGCUGGCAAAGAUUAUCUCAUCGCAUGUUAAUGUUGAUCCCUUUUACAUUCGCGUGUUUGCAGUUUAUGCAAAUGGGCGAUUUGCACUAAAAUGGGAUUGUAGAUUAGAGGACUAUUUGGUUAAAAAUUAUACCAAAGAUUCGAUACCUCCCUUUGAGUUCGAAGUUCUUUCGAUACCCCUAAAAGAACUUGAACAUUUAAGAUCAAUCAAGUUCUACUGGCUAAAUGACAGCUAUAUUCACUAUCAGUCCCUGGAAUUCCGGGUUUCUAACUCUUGUUCCAUUGGAGAAUUCUUGGAUAAGCUGCAAAAAAGGAUUGGAUUCGACGACCAUCAAAAGCAACAGGUGUUACUUUGGACUAAUAGUGACUUUAAAUUUCAAGGCAUUCUUUCCGAGGAUAAUACGUUUGAUGAACUGGCUGAGUCGUUCCUCUUUUUCGGAAGAGUUUUGCCGGAGGAACUGGCCUUAGUUCAGCAGCUAGAGAGAGCUACUCCUGACAUCGAUGAUUCAAUGGAUGAAAUGGAAGAAGAUCUAAGCGUCGUAAAAGAUAACCACGAAAUUGUUGGUGGUAAAUUAGUCAUUGUAAUUCAAUACUUUAAAGAAUUGGACAAUAGGCAUGGCAUAUCGUUCCUCUUUAAUCUUCUUCCAGGUGAGAAUUUCAUACAAACUCGUGAUCGCCUACAUUCUAAAUUUGGGCUUGGUCGAAAGGAAUUCUCAAAGAUCAAGCUUGGUAUAACUGUGAAUUCAGACUCUGGUUUGACGUUCAAGCCAAUGCAUAAUUAUUCGGAAGAGAAUCUUAAAGAGAUUAUUCUUUUCGACGUCAUGAACAACUUGGACUACAUCUGCAUGGAUCAUCCUGAUCGCUCAAGAACGCAAACCUACCAUGAUAGACCAAUGGUAAUUAAAAAUUAA